ACGCGACCGGGGGUGGGGCCGAGGAGCGAUGGCGGCUUCCGCAGCGGCGUUCGGUAGAGCGUGGAGCCGGUCUGGGCUGCCGGGGAAGAUGCCCCUCGCGGGGAGCCUCCGUAGGCAGGUGGGUGAUGCAGGGAAGCGGGCGCUACGCCUCUGCGGCGCUGCCCUGGCCCCGGGGUCAUGACCUUGCGGGCCGGAACCCCAGGGACUAGCAGCUUGGUGCAGUUUCCUGGGAGGGGGAGCGUCCUGCGGCACAGCUGUUGAAGAAGACCUUUUCUGGGGGGGGAGGGGGAUUGAGGCCUUCCUUGGGUCCCCGGAUGUUGGUGGACUACAACUCCCAUCACCCCUAGCGAGCACGACCAGUAGUCAGGGAUGGUGGGAAUUGCAGUCUCACAACACCUGGGGACCCGAGGUUGAGAGAGAGGCAGGUGUUAAGUCCAGCUGGGGUUAAAGUGUCUUUGGCUGCUAGGAGGACAAAGCCAAAAGCCUUUGGGGCAGCUUGGAGAGAUCUCAGUGAAUAUACUCACAUCAGCUUAACAUCAAUCUUUAAAUGGCUGUCACUGAAACUACUCCCCCGUGGUAUAGCUCCGCUGAUCCUUUGCAACCAGUUCCAGUCAGGCUGACAGACAGCAGUCCUGAACACUCUUCAGAAACUGGGUUUUGCCCCCCAAGCCCUUCUAAGUCUGGGCUUAAGGUGCCCCGACUACAAAAUUGUAGUAAUCAAGAGACAUAUAGCUGCACCGGCAGCGUAUCUCUUUUUUCUUGUAUCCAGAAAUGCAAGAAGGGCUUUUACACUUGCCAGAAGCUCAGCUCUGCCCUCGCCGGUCUUGGAAGGAUCCUUUUAAAAAGUCUAGUUUGUUGUUGUUGUUUAGUCGUUUAGUCGUGUCCGUCUCUUCGUGGCCCCCUGGACCAGAGCACGCCAGGCACUCCUGUCUUCCGCUGCCUCCCGCAGUUUGGUCAAACUCAUGCUGGUAGCUUCGAGAACACUGUCCCACCAUCUUAUCCUCCAUCGUCCCCUUCUCCUUGUGCCCUCCAUCUUUCCCAACAUCAGGGUCUUUUCCAGGGAGUCUUCUCUUCUCAUGAGGUGGCCAAAGUAUUGGAGUCUCAGCUUCAGGAUCUGUCCUUCCAGUGAGCACUCAGGGCUGAUUUCCUUCAGAAUGGAGAGGUUUGAUCUUCUUGCAGUCCAUGGGACUCUCAAGAGUCUCCUCCAGCACCAGAAUUCAAAAGCAUCCAUUCUUCGGCGAUCAGCCUUCUUUAUGGUCCAGCUCUCACUUCCAUACAUAACUACUGGGAAAACCAUAGCUUUCACUAUGCGGACCUUUGUUGGCAAGGUGAUGUCUCUGCUUUUUAAGAUGCUGUCUAGGUUUGUCAUUGCUUUUCUCCCAAGAAGCAGGCGUCUUUUAAUUUCGUGACUGCUGUCACCAUCUGCAGUGAUCAUGGAGCCCAAGAAAGUAAAAUCUUUCACUGCCUCCAUUUCUUCCCCUUCUAUUGCCAGGAGGUGAUGGGACCAGUAGCCAUGAUCUUCGUUUUUUUGAUGUUGAGCUUCAGACCAUAUUUUGCGCUCUCCUCUUUCACCCUCAUUAAAAGGUUAUUUAAUUCCUCCUCACUUUCUGCCAUCAAGGUUGUGCCAUCUGCAUAUCUGAGGUUGUUGAUAUUUCUUCCGACAAUCUUAAUUCCUGCUUGGGAUACAUCUAGCCCAGCCUUUCACAUGAUGAAUUCUGCAUAUGUUAAAUAAGCAGGGAGACAGUAUACAGCCUAUGCCCAGAGAAUUUGCACCUGCCCAUUGUGGGAUAUAGGAAGCUCCGAACACAUAUUUUUUAGAUGUCCCUUUUAGGAUGUGGUAGAAACCAUUGACCCCCUGCUGGUGAGGCUUGCUGACCUCCCAGUAAAGCAAAAAUUUGAUCUUCCUCUCUUAGUUAAAGAUCACAAGACGACCCGGAUGGUCGCCAGAUCCUGUGCACAGAUCUGUAGGCGCAGACCAUCCCCCGAUUCAAACUAGUUUGUUAAGAACAUUCCCAAACUCUGAUCCACGGGCGACUCUGGAUCAUUUCUCUAUGGUAGUCUGUCUUAAAAUUUUUAUGUGUUUAUAUGCCUACCACAUUUUUAAACUUAACAUCCAUUGUUGUGUAUUGUUUUAAAUGUUUGUUUUGCUUUUGGGAUUGUAGUUCCAUUUGUGUUUCACGAGCUUGUAUCCGACCGUAAUAAUAAAUUCUAUUCUAUUCUACUAACAGUCUGAACAAUUGAUGUAUUUAAUAAAAAUUUGCCAUAUGAUAUAAAGGCGGGGGGUAAUUCAAACAGGCCAGAGUUUCCUUAGCAGAUGUAUGUGAAACAUGUGAAAAUGGCAUGGAUUAUGUAGCACUAUAUUGAUGGAGGGGUUUUGUGCAACCCCUUCUUUCCUCCUUUUUAUCUCAUUUUAUAUGUUUGUAUUCCUUCUAUGAAGCGCAAGACGCGCUAGUUUCAAAGCAGUUUACAAAUGUACAACUGUGCUAUAAAAUAUACAAAAGUUAAAAUGCUGGGGGGAGGAAUUAAAAGUGCUUCAACUUCGUAAGCACCUGGGUAGGUUUUAUCUAUAUGUACAUUAUUUACAUCUGCUGUCUAUCAAAAUAUGAUUCACCCUUUCUGCCCUAUUGUGUUUUAUUGCUUUCUAAACUCUGUCCAGAAUUAAUAGAUUAUUAAUAUAUGUGCAUGUGUGUAGAUAGAAGAAACAGUUAAAAAAUUAUAAAAAUAUGCAUAUUAAAUGCACACAGUGGCAUGCUUGUUUCUCCCAUGUUCCCCAGUUUAUUCUCAACAACCCUGUGAAGUAGGUUAGAAUGAGAGACUGUGGUUGCCCAAAGUUGCCCCACACAAUCCAAAAUAAUUUUUUAACUUCAAACUAUGAAUACAUCCGGCUCCCUAAAACUUGCACAAGAGAGAAAAUGGUUUUGUAACUGAAUUUUGAUUCCCUGUAAAUUUAAAGUGGUUCCCCCACAAAAAAAAAAAACUGAAUCAGAUGGCAUUGAUAACAAAUCUGAGAAAUUCGUUCUCCACAAGUUCCUGUAUAUCAUCUUCCUAGCAAGUGCCAUUGUCAGGAUUCUGAUUCUCAAAACUUGCCUUCCAGAUCCACAGAACGUCCAUCCCAUUCGCGUUGCUCAGAGUUAAAUCUCCUUUUGCCCCUCACCCGCGACCUCAAAACGGCUGCCACGUUCUCCUGUUGAGGCCCACAAACAGAUGUCAAAGCACAGCAGCAGCUGCUGGCACACAGGUAAGAGCAGCGUGGUUGCGAAAUUUGAAAGUUGACGGUGGAGGGUUGCAAAUGAAGGUAGCGAAGAGAACCUAGCAGUUGGGGGCUGAGAGCGUUCAGAUUAAUCAGUGCUAACUUACUUUCCUGCCUCUUCCUUCUUCAGGUUCUUCAGCCUGUAUCCUCCCCGCCACUAGAGGGCGCUCUCUCUGCGGGGGACCUUGCCCAGGCUGUUCAAGAGCAGAGUUUUGCAGAGCUGGGCUUGGGGUCCCACACCCCGGUGGGUCUGAUCCAGAGCUUCUUGGAGUCCCUCCAUGUGGAUAUAGGGCUGCCAUGGUGGGGAGCCAUCGUGGCAGGUGAAAGGGUCUGCUGUGUUUGAGAAGUGGGUGGAGAUUUAGAUGUACCUUUGGGCUGGCAGAGAGCGUCAUCAGAGUGGGCACUUUGGCUCCGUGGCUUGGGGAACGCUGCUGCUGGGAGGGGCCAGAGCUUGGCAAUAGAGUCUGAGCUUAGCACUUGGCGGGUUACAUGCUCUUGCCAAAAAUUGUGCACAGCCCAGAGAGAGACAUGAGGCGAUAUACACACACCCCAAACACAAAUUUUGUACCUCAAGCUCAGUUCCCUAGCCUAGAGCAUCUCUUGUUAAAACGACGAGGUCACUGGUGCUGAUGAGAGAGAAGCAUCUCUGCCAAAGAUGCUGGGGAGCUGCUUCAGCCAGAGCAAGCAUUACAGUGGGACCUUGGUUCCCAAACUUAAUCCAUUCCGGGAGUCCGUUCAACUCCCAAAAGAGUUCUGGAACCAAGGCGCAGCUUCCAGUUGGCUGCAGGAGCUUCCUGCAGCCAAUCAGAAGCCACGCUGGAUGUUCAGCUUCCAAAGAACAUUAAAAAACCAGAACAAUCACUUCCAAUUUUUAAUCGUUCGGGAGUCAGAACGUUCUGGUUCCCAAGGCGUUCAGGAGCUGAGGUUCCACUGUAUUGGGCUGGAUAGACAAAUAGCCAGAUGCAGUGCUAAGCCAGCAUCCUCUGCUCUUUCCCCGCUGUGACUCGGCCCCACGGAGAAGGAACACAGCAGGAAAAGUGCAACCCGUUCUCUGAGAUGGAGACCGCAGCCAGACUUUGGGCACUGGGGCCAAAUUCAGCUUUCCAGGCUUCUCUCUGCACCCCUCAGGACUCCUUCCCCAAAGCCCGCACACCCUCACCUGCCCUGCUCCACAUUUUCUCUCAGUCUUUGGCUUGACUGGAAUGUGUCCUCUACCUCGCUUGGAGAGUUGUAACGUAGAAAACCUCUGGGUUUAAUAAGACAGGCUAGUAACCAAAAUUUGUGGACCCCUAAUGAUCACCACUACAGUGGACGCUCAAGUGGCAGACGUGAUCCAUGCGGGAUGCAUGUUCACAACCCACAGCGGCAUAUCUGCGCACACAUGGGUUGCGAUUCAGCACUUCUGCACAUGCGCAAAGCGCAAUUUAGCGCUUCUGCGCAUGCGCGACACCCAAUACCCAGAAGUAACCCGUUCCAGUACUUCCGGGUUUCAGCGUGUCCGUAACCCGAAAAAACGCAACCUGAAGCGUCUGUAACCCGAGGUAUGACUGCACUGCCUUCUGGGUAAAUGAUGCCUUCAUCCUCUGCAGGAGAAGUUCACCCACCUACCCUUUUUGCACAAGCCUCCAAACAGAAGUACCCAGGUGCAUUCUGGGUAAGGUAGUGAUUUCUGGCAUUGCGUUGUGGGUAACAUCGCAGCCAUUGCACUUGGGAGUAACGGGUGUCCUCCUCUCUCCCCACCAAACUCCUCAGGGACGAUUGUGGCCCGUUGCUUGGUUUUCCCGCUCAUCGUGAAGGGCCAGAGGGAGGCAGUGAAGCUCAACAACCACAUGCCACAGAUUUCAGAGCUGACCACCCGCAUGAACGAGGCCAAGCGCUCGGGGAACAAAUUUGAGUGUGAGUAUGGGGCAAAGUGCAGGGUUCAGUGGAAAAGGGGCACAGCUGGGGUUGCAAACAAACCACAUUGGAAGGGACCACGUUGAAUGAAUCAAGGAGGUGGUGCUUGGGUUGCUAGGAGGAGACAAGGCUGGGGAGGCAGAGAGUGGAGCUCGCAAGGAAUAGGGUUGCCCAGAUUAUGUCAGCAGGUGAGACCUGAUCUGUAGGGGAGGGCAAGGGGCUUGUAGAAGGAGAUUGUGGGCGAUAAUCUACUUUGCCUUCCCUGCAAAUCAUUCCGCUUUUCUCCCACAGUUGCCAAAGCUUAUACGGACCUGAACCUCUACCAGAAAACCCACGAUGUCAACCCGCUACGAGGAUUUCUUGUUCCCCUGGUCCAAGUGAGUCUCUGCUCCACUGCUAGGCCGGCUUGUUUUUGUUCUAUUUUUGUGAACUUACAUGCCUGUAGACUUCAGGGCAAGUCACAGCAAUUAAUGCAAGGUACCAGAUAUGAAGGGACGCGGGUGGCACUGUGGGUUAAACCACAGAGCCUAGGACUUGCCGAUCAGAAGGUCGGCGGUUCGAAUCCCCGUGACGGUGUGAGCUCCCCUUGCUCUGUCCCUGCUCCUGCCAACCUAGCAGUUUGAAGGCACGUCAAAGUGCAAGUAGAUAAAUAGGUACCGCUCCGGUGGGAAGGUAAACGGCGUUUCCGUGCGCUGCUCUGGCUCGCCAGAAGCGGCUUAGUCAUGCUGGCCACGUGACCCGGAAGCUGUACCCCGGCUCCCUUGGCCAGUAAAGCAAGAUGAGCGUCGCAACCCCAGAGUCGUCCGCGACUGGACCUAAUGGUCAGGGGUCCCUUUACCUUUACCAGAUAUGAAAGCCAGUUGAAAGAAGCUUCCCACCCCAAAUUUCACGUCUGUGUUGUUUGUUUAUUUAUCACUCACUGUAUUUAUUUGCUGCUUUUUACACCGGGGUGCCCUGAAGCAAUUCAUGCGACGCAAAUAGAAAUUAUGGGGGGCGGGGACCAUGAAAGCGUCAAUAAAUAUAAAUAUUUAAAUUGUGUGUCUGGUAUAUGAAUAUUACUCCCAGUUCUGCCUCCUCCCCUUCUCACACUCAUCCUCUCUCCCUUUCUUUCUUUCUUUCUCUCUCUUUCUCUCUCUCUCUCUCUCUCUUAGGCACCAAUUUUCAUCUCGUUCUUCAUUGCCCUGCGCAAAAUGGCGGAGCUCCCUGUGCCCAGCCUUCAAACUGGGGGUCUGUGGUGGUUCUCAGAUCUCACGGCUGCCGAUUCCUACUAUGUCUUGCCCCUGACAGUGACCGUCACCAUGUGGGCCAUCUUGGAAGUAAGUCUUUGGGUCCCUCCAGAGGUCCUUUUGUUACUGCAUUCAUGGAUACAAUGGAAUUUGACUAGAGGCAGCUGCCUGCUCACAUGUAACAUCACAUUGCUGUCAGAUUUGGCUCAUGUGGCCAAUCUGGGUUAAGAAUCUGGCCUAUGGAGCCGAUAAGGUUCUCCACCGCCGGUGUAGAGGAAGUAAGUUAGGGAGACCCUUCGUCUCCCUCUCCAUAAUGCUUGAAUUCAUGGGCAUACAACAAAGCUGAACAUUCGAACCUCUAAUUCUGGAAGCCUUCAUAAGAGAGCUGCUCCAGAGGAAGAACUGUGAGGGGAGAGAGACUUUCUGUUCCUCAUCAGGCAAUGGCUUUUCCACCUGCCUUGCCCCACCCAGCCUUUCCCAGACUAUGACUUUGAGAACAGCAGCAGCAGUAGCUGGGAAGAGAGGAGUUCAGGGAUUUUUUUUUAAAAAAAAAAAGCUUUAUAAGUUGUGCUUCUUUGUUUCUCAAUUUGAUCCUUUUGUGUGGUUUUGUGGUAUUUUAUGCGUUGUGAUUUGCUGUUAUUUUUAUUGAUUAUAGAUUGGUAAUUCUUUAUUGUGGCUGAACUGUUUAAUUAUUAUUUGCUGAUGUUUAAUUUUGCUGUUUACUAUUAGGUUCUGAUGGGAUUGUUGAAUGUUGCUUUGUUUGAUAUAAGUGGUUUAUUUUAAAGUUACAGUGGUGCCUCGCAAGACGAAAUUAAUCCGUUCCGCGAGUCUCUUCGUCUUGCGGUUUUUUUGUCUUGCGAAGCACAGCUAUUAGCGGCUUAGCGGCUAUUAACGGCUUAGUGGCUAUUAACGGCUUAGCGGCUAUUAACGGCUUAGCGGCUUUAAGAAAAAGGAAACAAACUCCCAAGAAAUCGCAAGACGUUUCGCCUUGCGAAGCAAGCCCAUAGGGAAAUUCGUCUUGCGGAACGACUCAAAAAACGGAAAACUCUUUCGUCUAGCGAGUUUUUCGUCUUGCGAGGCAUUCGUUUUGCGGGGCACCACUGUAUUGUGGCUUUUAUAUUGGAUCAGAUUGUUACUGUUACUGUGUGAUGUUUUAUUAUGUUUUUAUGUCUUGGAAGCCGCCCACAGUGGCUUAGGCAACCCAGCCAGAUGGGCAGGGUAUAAAUGAAGUAUUAUUAUCAUUACUACUACUACUACUACUAUUGCUUUAUCAUAAAUAAACAAAGGAGUUCCACACAAUGCAUAGUUAGGCAUUGGAACCUGCAAGAGGCAAUGAUGGGGGGUUUAAGAGAGGUUUGUGGAGAACAAACCUCUCUUUGGGUCCUAGCCCCUAUUCUGUGGGGGCAGAGGGUGUGGGGAAGGCAACUGAAUUAGUGGAUCAAUGAAGAAAUUUGAGAUGUGUGCAUAUCACAGAACAAAUAGGAAAUAAAGAGACCAGAGGCCUCAUGGGCUCUGAAACAGAACUUAGACAGGACCAGAUGUGUGAAUUGGUUUGGUGCCCCUAAUAUUAUGGGUCUGUAUUAGACACGGGUAGCGACGAAGACCAUUUUCAGUUGUUUACAAGAUAGUAACUGCAAUGAGGGCCCUGCUGGCAGACCCGGCAUCAGCACCCAGAGGACAAGCACAGCUGAUGCCAGCCUCCCAGAAAAGUUAGCCAGCAUAUUAUUUUUAUUAUCCCUUAGCUUAUAGUCUGCUUCUUCAUGCAAGAACCUGUGGGGAAACGGCUUGCUGAUGUAAACUGUGUUAUUUUUACUGUUGUUAGCCGCUCUGAGCCUGGCUUCAGCUGGGGAGGGCAGUAUAUAAAUAAAAAUUAUUAUUAUUAUUAUUACUGAUGCUAGCGUGAGAAGAGAAUAGAUCAGGUCUGUCCCUAAAGCUCUGAAAUUGUCCCACCCAAAGGAGAUCGUAAGGAGAAAGCUGAACGUUCGGAAUUUGCUUUAUCCCAAAAUAAAUUGGGGGGUGGGGCCUAGAUAUUCAGGCUGCAGUCAACCUCCUAAAGCCAGUUGUUGGAGGGAUGGGAUCCACUGCCAAGGGUGCGAGGCUGUGGCUACCUCUGGAUCCUGUCCAUCGCUAGAAAUUUUCCCCACCUCCACAAUUUCAAAAUUCCUGCUUGGCAGAAAGCCUCAUGUAGGAAAGGACAACGCAGUGAAAAAUGGGGGAAAUGGCAGGAGUGUUAACAGUGUCCACCUUCUCUGCAGCUAGGAGCAGAAUCCGGAGUGUCGAACCCGAACCUCCACCUUAUGAAAACCGUUUUCCGGGUGAUGCCACUCGCUAUCCUGCCUCUCACGAUCUCCUUCCCGACGGUGAGGUGCCGCCGCACACAGAUUGCGAUUGCUUUUUACGUAUUUCCUACGAAACAUAUCGAGGCCAGUUCUGACUUGCCCUGAACAAACCCAUGUUCCUUUGUCUCAGCCUUGGCUCCCGUUCGAUUCAGAAACCUGCAAUUUAGCCUACGCAGUCCAAAAGAAACAUAAAAGUGUAAAUAAAGCUUCCAUUUCGCGGGCUCAGCUGGAUCUGUUCCUCUGCGGCCGCUGCAGGGAGUAUUCUGCCCUCCAGUUGUUGCCAAACUACAACUCCCAUCAUUCUUUGCCACCGGCUAUGUUUGUUUGGGCAGAGGGGAGCUGUGGGCAAGUACAAAGUGGGCUUUCCUGAACUUUUAUCACCGGGGGCGGGGACCCAAAACGCCUUUUCCUGUGGGGCUGCUGUUCCCACUUCCUCCCCGCUGACCCCCAAUUCUCCAGCCCCUCUCAUGCCACAGGGCAGCUGUCCUGUUGCAACAGGGUGGGCCAAGGAAAGGGGUUUUUGAUUCUCUCUCUUUCGCUCCCUGCAGGCCGUUUUCACCUACUGGCUGACAUCCAACCUCUUCUCGCUGGUGCAAGUGGCCUUUCUGCGGCUGCCCGCAGUUCGCGCCCGGCUUGGCAUCCCCGAGCGGGUGCAACACGACCCCAGCGUCCUGCCUGCUCAGGGAGGCUUCAUAAAGAACUUCAAGAAAGGUGAUUAAGGCAGCACGUUGUUUGAGAUGCAGUAAGCAUAGUGUUGUUUUUUAAAAUGCACGUUUUUACAAUGUCCUACAGUUAUUAGGUUUUGGGAGAAAGGAACAGAUUACAUCAAUAUGACUGUGCUGGAAAAACUAAAAUUUUCAGAGGAAAAUGUUUUUUUGAACUACAUAUGGAGUUUGAUAACUGGGAAACAUAAAUGGUCGUUGCCCCGUAGUAGGUUAAAAAUAAACAUAUAUGGAUUUGGAUGGUAAUCAUACCUAUACAGUCGUACCUUGCUUUUCAAACAACUUAGUUCUUGAACAUUUUGGCUCCCUAACGCCGCAAACCCAGAAGUGACUGUUUCGGUUUGCUAACUACUUUUGGACGGGGCUUCCGCAGCUUCCGAUUGGCUGCAGGAGCUUCCUGCAGCCAAUCAGAAGCCGCGCUUUGGCUUCUGAACGUUUUGGAAGUCGAACGCACUUCUGGAACGGAUUCCAUUUGACUUCCAAGGCACGACUGUAUACUAGAUAAAUAUACAGAUAACUGUAAUUGUUAGCUCUUAUAAUGAUGUAGUAUACCCUUUUUCCACUUUUUAUUUUUACUUAAAAACAGAAAACGAAAAAGAAAGCUGACUUGGGAGGAGCAGGGUGGCCAAAGGCUGCUGCGGUGCGAGGGAGGGGAUAAGGGCUUCUCAAAGGCCUCCAGCUCCUACGGGGUUAACUCACUUGCGUCUCCACAUGCCCCCCCUUUUCCAGGCUGGAAAAAUGCACAGAUGGCUCAGCAGCUGGAAGAGAGGGAGCGGCGCAUCAAAAACCACCUGAAUUUGGCAGCUAAAGGUAAUCCUUCACCCCCUCACUUGCCGCCAUCCACAGCCGCUAGGCCUGUGUGCGAUCCUUUUCCUGCAGGGAGGAGGGGAUCCUGGGAUGGGUUGUUCCUUCCACUUGCUCUGCAAUGUGCAAAUCAGAGGCCACCACCUUUCCCAGUUCUCUGCUGUCAUCUCGUCGCUUGAGAAGAGGCAGUUAUCUCAGGGCAACCCUCCUGGCCCUUUCUGCAGGUCCUCGACUGUUUCGAUACGUCUCCUAUUCAUAAGUUAGCGGUUCUUCGCCUUCAUCUCAUUGACGUUUAUUUCACUCGGGCCUCUGCAGUUGUGUUAGCAACUGUGGGAAGGUCAGCCUCCCACAUGAGUAAGUGACAUAUAAUUUGAAUAUUGACCUGCCAAGUGGAGCAAGGGGAAGGGACAGCCCGUUCCAGGAUCACCGCCGCCCCCCGCCCCCUUCCCUGCAGAAAAUGGGCUUUCAUGACAGGUCCAGGGUAACAUUCUGUGUGCUGCUAGCAUGGGCGUCCGCAGGAAUAGUUCCUGGGGUGAGGGGCACGUUCUCCCAGUGGGAAAAUGAAAACACUGAAAGGGGGUGUGGAAUGAGUAGGCUGAUCUAUAACUAAAAAAAAUGAGGAAAGUGCCUGUACAUUUUGUCUGAGGUGGUAUUAAUUCUAGAAGCUCACUUGGAAAGGAAAGGAAAAUAGGAAAGGAAUCUGGUGUGCUAAGAACCUCCAUUUUGCCAUCAGAAUACAUUUUGCAAAUUACAUGUGGGCUUUUUGAUCCUACAUAAUGUAAUUCUGGCCCCCACAUCUUAAAAACAUGGUACUGUAGGGCGGGGGAGGAGCAUACAGAAAGGGCAGCCGAAAUCAUUUGGGGGAGUGGGACUAGCUGCUUCAUCUGAACCCCCUUCCCUCUUAGAAAAGCCUGCGGUAUUUGUGGCUUUUCAGCUGAGCAAAAUGGCAACUUAAGAUAUGAGCAAGGAGGCGUGAUCGAGGUUUGCGGAAUUAUGGGUUGGGGAGAGCAAGUUUCUCUCUCACACAAUAAUAGAAACUCAGGAUAGACCAGUGAAACUGACUUUGUGGUAGCUUCAAGACAAGCAGAAGAACUCGUAGCGCAUGAUUAACUUAUGGAACUCACUGCCACAAGAUGCGUUGUGGGCUAGUAGCUAAGACAGGAGCUGGGGCAUCUGUGCCCCACCAGGUCAGAGUGGGCUCCCAGCUCCCCUUAUUCCAUGCUGUCAGUCAUUCUGGCUUGGGAUGGUAGGACAAGUUGCCCACCGCUUUGGUCCAUCCUUCGGGUUCAGACUCAGGAUGCUACUGUAUCCUGUUAGGGAACGUGAGCAGGGAGGGGCAUCACCUUCAGACCCUAUUUGUGGGACUCCCAGAUGUGUGAGUGGGCUGGGUAGACAGAUGUUCUGAUUAUUCAGCCCGGCUCUGCUUGUGUUUAUUCUGUUCUCGACGCAGUUCCCGGUUGGGGGCUGACAAGUCUCCUUGCCCGCUUUGCGGAAACAAACUAACGAAGCGUGGGCUUCUCUUCCACUCAGGGCCGCUGCGCCAGACCUUUUCCCACAACCCUUUGGAGCAGCACCAGCCUGGUCCUGCGAAGCCGGCGCCACAAAAGAGACCCUGGGAGGACACGUUAGGCUGAGCGGCGAACGCCACCAAACCAAAAGACUUUGCACAGGGAAAAGAGCCUCCUUCCCCUUCCCGCCUCCCCACUCCUCUGUUUUCUGAGACUAGGUAAUAAAAGGAUGUGGAAUUUCCUCCUCCCA